CAUAGAUUCGCCAUAUUGGAUUCCCACAAACAUGUCUUCGGAUAAAAUCGACACAAAGCAGGAGCCGGGUAUGAAGAUAGACCUUGAGAAUGAAGAUGACUGCACUGAUGAAGAUAUGACUGUUGUUGCCCCAGAGAUUGAUGACACAUAUAUUAAACAUCCUCUACAAAACAAAUGGGCCUUAUGGUUUUUCAAAAACGACAAAAGCAAAGAUUGGGCAUCAAAUUUAAAAUUAGUCACAACAUUUGAUACUGUAGAAGAUUUCUGGGCCUUAUAUAAUCAUGUACAACCUGCUAGCAAACUUCCAUCCGGAUGCGACUACUCUCUCUUCAAGGACGGAGUCCAGCCUAUGUGGGAAGAUGAUUUUAACAAACGUGGGGGAAGGUGGCUAAUAAAUCUCAACAAGCAACAGAGACAUUCAGAUUUAGACAAUUUCUGGCUAGAAACUUUAUUAUGCUUAAUCGGUGAAGCUUUUGAGGAACAUAGUGAAAACAUAUGCGGUGCUGUUGUGAACAUAAGGAAUAAAGGCGAUAAAUUAGGACUAUGGACACACGAUGCUAAGAAUAAUGAAGCUACUUUAAAAAUCGGUCGACGGUUAAAAGAAAGAUUAAGUGUUCCUUCCAAAAUUUCUAUAGGUUAUCAAGCUCACAUGGAUACAAUGUCAAAAGCAGGAUCCACUACUAAGAACCGAUUUACUGUGUAACACAGGGCAUGAUAGCCCAGACUAAUUGUAUAUAUCACGGAUAAUAGGAGACGUUGAAUCAGGAUUGGAGAGUGCGUUAUUAGCCCAGUGUUCUGAUGCAUUAUGGGACAUUAGAACCUGUGCGUGUACAAAGUGUAGAAAUACGGCUCAGUAGAUUUGUUGCUUAAACACCCCUGCAUACAUUGACUUUCACUGACUAUGGAAUAGUCUGUGGACUAUGGAAUAGUCUGUGACAUACUGGCCUGUGUCACAAUUUGGGAUUAGUCUGUGUCAUAUGGGAUAGUCUAUGUCACUAUAUGGGGCAGUGUGUCACUAUAUAUGACCAGGUAUAUCACUAUCAGAUGGUCCGUGUGACUGUGGUAUGGACUACAUGAACCUAUUUGGAAUUUAUGCGUA